AUGGAGUUAAAUUCAGCUGACCCAACUCAGAGUAAUAACAAUACUCAGCCCAAAGCAGUCAUGGAGUUAAAUUCAGCUGACCCAACUCAGAGUAAUAACAAUACUCAGCCCAAAGCAGUCAUGGAGUUAAAUUCAGCUGACCCAACUCAGAGUGAUAACAAUACUCAGCCCAACAUAAUAACUCUGAAAACAAGGAGCGAGACGGACAUUCUAGAUGAUGGAUACCGGUGGAAGAAAUAUGGUCAGAAACAAAUAAAAAAUAGUCAUUAUCAGAGGCAUUAUUUCAAAUGUGAAGUUAAAGGAUGUGUGGUGAAGAAGAAAAUCCAGAGGUGUGACGAUGAUUCUCAGUUCGUUCUGACAACAUAUGAAGGGAUUCAUAACCACCCAUCUCAUGAUAUUCAGUCUUUUCUUUUACGAAAUUCCUAUGAUUUGAGAACUCAGUUCCAUCAAGCUCCUGCAAAUACCUUCCAAUAG